AUGUGCGGGAUCCUGGCGCUGCUCCUCGCCGACUGCGAGACGCCGUGCGUGCAGGAGCUCAUCGACGGGCUCGUGGCGCUGCAGCACCGCGGGCAGGACGCCGCGGGCAUCGUGACGGCCUCGACGGCCGACUCCUGGGAGUCCACGCGCUUCAGCACCCACAAGGACGUGGGGCAGGUGCGGGACGUCUUCCAGCAGCGCCACGUCAGCGAGCUGCUCGGGAACGUAGGCAUCGCCCACUGCCGCUACCCGACGGCGGGCGGGUCCUCUUGCCGCGAGGCGCAGCCGCUGUACGUGAACUACCCGUGCGGCCUGGCCCUGGCCCACAAUGGCAACCUGACGAACGCGGCCAGCGAGCGCGAGAAGGUUGUGCGGAGCUUGAGGCACCUUAAUGCAACGUCCGACUCCGAGAUCCUCCUCAACAUCUUCGCCGAGGAGCUUCAGACCGCCUUCUCGCACGCAGGCAAGGGUGGCAAGGGCGGCGUCAAGGGCGGCAGCGGCGACGCUGGAGCGGGGGAGCCGCCACUGAUCCCAGACAAAGACAGGUUUCCAGAGGAGGCCAUCUUCGCUGCUGUGCGGGCGACCAUGCUGCGCUGCCGUGGUGGCUACGCGGUCGUGCUGCUCAUUCACAACGUGGGCGUGCUCUGCUUCCGAGACCCGUGGGGCAUCCGGCCGCUCUGCGUGGGCAAGCGGGCCUCCACCACCAUGCCCGAAGGUGUCGACUACGUCGCAGGCUCGGAGUCAACAGUGCUGGACUUACUCGGAUUCGACCUCUUGGGCGACGUGGCGCCGGGCGAGGCAGUGCUGAUGCUGCCGAUGGUACCGGAGUGCCCGCGUCCCAACAAGGGCUUGUACCGGAAGUUGUGCCACAGCGCACCAGUCUUGAGCCCUUGCCUGUUCGAGUUUGUCUACUUCGCACGGCCGGACUCCAUCAUGGAUGGCGUGUGCGUGUACGAGGCGCGCCUGCGCAUGGGCGAGCGCCUGGCAGAGAAGAUCCGCCGGCUGUACGGCGACGACCACGGCAUCGACGUGGUGGUCCCGGUGCCGGACACCUCGCGGACGUCGGCGCUGCAGCUCGCAAGCACGCUCAAGUGCUUGUACCGGGACGGCUUCCAGAAGAACCACUACGUCGGCCGCACGUUCAUCAUGCCGGGACAGGUGAAGAGGCGCAAGGGCGUGCGGAUGAAGCUGAGCGUCGUCAAGGCCGAGUUCGAGGGUCGCCGGGUGCUGCUCGUAGACGACUCCAUCGUGCGCGGGACCACGACGCGUGAGCUCAUAUCGGGCCAGCGGAAGAGGCCCAGGCUUGCGGACGUGCGCUCCCCGCAGGGCCUCGCUGGGUCGGCGGCGCCGCGCACAGCCGAGUUCGCGCCGCAGCAGCUGGCGUCCGUGGCGUGGGCGGCGCCCUCGGGCGCCGAUCGUCGCCAGGUCGAGAGCGCCGCCGCGCCCGCCGGGACCGCCGAGGCGGCCGCGCCGCUGCGGGCGGCCGCGGGCCCCGCCGUGGCCCGCCUGGCGGCCGGCGCCUCGCGAGGCGCGGGCGGGCUCACGCCGGCGGAGUUGGCGAUCGGGCGGGGCCAGGCGAACGUGGCGGAGUGCCUGGCAGUUGCGGCGGGCGAGGAGCCCUCCGUGGAGUGCGCGGUGCAGGCCGUAGCGGAGGAGCUGCGCGCGAGGGGCGUCGGGACCCUGGCGCCCGCCCUGGUGGCGCGGCUGCUGUUCAGCCUCGCGGCCGCUGGGGCCCACGGCCUCCCGAUCUUCCAGGAGCUGCUCCGCGAGAGCGACCGGAGCCUCCAGGGCCCGCCCCAGCGGGAGUGCUGCACGCAGGUGUGGCUCGCGGCGCUGAGCUACGCGUUGUGCCGUCCAGGCGCCGUGCCCGAGAGCGCCCGGGAGGACUUGCUCGACGCUCUGCCGCACCUGCGGAAGGCCGAGCGCGGCGCCGCCGAGGGUGGCCCGGGCCGCCGCCGAGAGGGGCCGGGCGUGGCGCUGCAGGAAGACGUGUCGCGGCACCUCUCGGAGCUGGGCGUGGAGAAUCACACGGCGGCGCCCCCGACUGCGGCGCCCCCGCCCGACGCCGUUGGGGCCCCGGCCGUCGACGUCGCCGCGCCCGAGCACAAGCUGGCGCUGCUGGUGGAGGGCGCGCCGUGGCGGGCGCGCGGAGGCGCCGCGUCUCCGCCCGACCUCGCGCCCGACGGCCCGACGCGCCUCGCCCUCGGGCUGCUGGAGCGCCUCGGGUGGCGCGCCGCCUUCGUCCCAGAGGGGCGGUGGCGGCAGCUGCGCACCCCAGAGGCCAGGGCGGCCUACCUCGGCGCCCUCGCGCGCGGCGAGGCGGCGGCGCCCGAGCCCGCCUCGCCGGCGGCCGCCUCGCCAGCGGCGGGCAGAGAGAUGAGCUCGCCGGCGCGCGCGCGCUGGGCACCGACCUGCAGAUCCUCUGGCUGGCCUGGUCGCCUCCCUGGCCCUUCGAGCGGGCUUUGCCUCAGAUCGCCACUGCGGCGCUGCAGCCCAUUCAAUGGCUUCCCUGGCGGCGGGGCCAGAGCCUCGCCCGGAAGGCGCCGAUGCCCGCGGCGCGACGCCGGGGCCCGCGCGCAUGAUGCGCCGCGCCCGCGCGGGCGCGCCGGCCCGCGCCGCGCCAGCGCUGGCCGCCAGCGCUGGCGCUGGCACCUGCCGCGCCGCCGCUCGGAGAGGCUCGGUGUGCGCAGGCGCUGGCGCAACCACGCGCGCCGCGCUGGCCGGGCUGCUGCUGCUGGCCGCGCCGUGCGCGGCCGACCUGCUGCCACCGAAGGCGGUGGAGCCCGCCGCCGCGGCGCCGGAAGAUGCCGUCUGGUACGCGACGUUGGUCGUGCGCAAUCUGGUCGGCGGCGGCUCUGGGAACAUCACCGUCCGCGUGCACCCAGAGUGGGCGCCGACUGGGGCUGCGAGGUUCGCCGAGUUGGUGCAGAGCGACUUCUUCAGGGGGGUGCGGUUCUUUCGCGUGAUCAGCGGCUUCAUGGCCCAGUUCGGGAUCUCCGGUGA